CAUGUGUUUGUCUGACGCGGUAUUGCUAUGGCAACAGUAAACAUCCUUGAACUGAAGCUUUUCCUUUUGGGAUUGUUCCCUUUUAUCUGUUCAUUAAACUCCAGUUCAUCAUGUCAGACGUUGGCUCUGAAGAGUUUGACGACGAGCAUGGCUCUCUGGGGGAGUAUGAGGGAGACAGAAAUGAAGCUGGAGAGAGACAUGGACAGGGCAAAGCUGUCCUGCCUAAUGGAGACACUUACCAAGGAGCAUAUGAAAACGGCAAGAGAUCUGGCCAGGGGACAUAUAAGUUCAAGAAUGGGGCCAGAUACAUUGGAGAAUGGUACAUGAAUUUAAAACACGGACAAGGCUUAUUUUAUUACCCAGAUGGCUCCAAAUAUGAAGGAAGCUGGGUGGAUGACCAGCGACAGGGUCAUGGUGUUUACACAUACCCCAAUGGAGACACAUAUGAUGGUGAAUGGCUGCACCAUCAAAGACAUGGGCAGGGUACAUACACACAUCAUGACACAGGUUCUCAGUACAUGGGCAGGUGGAUCAUGGGUAAAAUGGAGUCAGCCGGGGAGCUUAUCCAUUUGAACCACAGAUAUAAGGGCAACUUUGUCAAUAAUAAUCCCUCUGGUACAGGGAAGUAUGUGUUUGACAUUGGGUGUGAGCAGCAUGGAGAGUAUCUCCAGCUAGAGCAGCAGGACAAAGGAGAUACAGAGGAAGAUGAACCUGCCAUAACCACCACAUUGAAGUGGAAACCCAAGGCUCUUACUGGGCUUUCUGUUCGGGCAAAUGAGAAGGAUUCUGCCACCUCAGAUCAAGCCGUGGUGGAAGAGUGAGAAAGACAGACCUCCAAAAGAUAAGAAGACAGAUGACCUCUAGAUAAUUAUACCUGCACAUAUCUAAAAAAGUCACUUCUCAUGUUUAGGGAUAAUUAAAAUACUGUCAAAAAAAAAAAAAAAAAAUGUAUUGCACAUUGCUAGUUAUUGUUAGAAAAUGCAUUAACCAACAUUAAACAGCCCUUAUUGUAUAGUGUGACUGUAAGUGUACCUUAUUUGGAGGCCCUGGUAACUGAAAAGUGUUGUAAUUUUAAAAACAGCAGAGGGCGCAAUAAACCAGCCCAAAAUUACCUGUAAUUGAGACUAGUUUUUAAGAACAAUUAUGCUGAUUUGUUAUUCAUUAAAACGCACUAAAGUUUA